AUGAUGUGGCGACUAUCGAGAAUAAAUCUACUGCAAAGGGUUGUGGUGCGCAACAUAGGACAAUGCCAUGUCCGUCCAAUCACUGCGGGAGCUGUGGGAAUCAGAUUUCAGAGUACCCAUACUGCAAAUAAUGACACGACAGAACAAGAAAGGACUUCUCACUUGGAAGAUUCAGAGGUUGAAAAGUGGCUUGCUGCUAUUCAAUCUUUGAAGGCUGAGUUUUCAGAACAAGCAUUUCUCCCUGAGACCUCACUAGCACCACCAGGUCAAUCGAGGAUAGACAUAGUUGAUGAAGUAAUGUCAAAAGGGAAGCAAUUCGAGCCCACUAAGGAACAACUUGAGGAAUUGGAAAGUCUGAAGGAUUUCGCAAUCCCAGAAAGACAUGACGCCAUCCUGGGACAUAUUACGAACAUGAUAAUGAGACACGGCAAGAAGCAGCGUGCAGAAAAGAUAUUAUCAAGAGCACUGUAUUUAGUAUUUUGCCAAAUCCGGAAAGAUCCCGUCGAAGUAUUGAAGAAAGCUUUAGACGAUUUAGCUCCACUGAUGAUGGUGAAAACAUUCAAUACUGGUGUCGCAAAGGCAGCCGUUAUCCCUGUCCCGUUAAAUCAAAAGCAAAGGCACAGAAUAGCUUGGAAAUGGAUCGUCGAAGGUACACAGAAACGAGCCUCAAGCGAUUUUGCAGUGAGAUUGGGCGAAGAACUAGUUUCUGUAUACAAAGGUAAUAGUUCUGGUUUCGAGAAGAGAGAUCAAUUACAUAAGACUGCAAUUGCACAUAGGUCUUACAUCAGGUUAAAAUGA